AUGGAGGUUUCUAUACUUCCAGAGAAACCAUGCAACGUGAAUGUUGAGAAACUUGAAGCAGUAUUAAAACAAUUUCUUGCCGAUAUUGGUUCGAAAGGAAUUAUAUCAGUCAUCGACGAACAAUGGGAUUUUAUUGAGGACGUUGUAGUCGAUGAUGAAAAAUGUGUUGCAUUUUUGGCACACGAAGAGAAAAAUCAAGCUGAGGAUGUGGAAUGCCUCGACGCAAACCGAGUGAAAUUGGAGCGGAUGAGCGCAAAUGAGUCGGAUUAUAUUCACGCCAGCAACGUUGAAAUUGCGCACAUAAAACGGCGUUUUGUGCUCGCACAACUUCCAAAACUUUCGCCGAAAUGUAUGGAAGACUUUUGGACAAUGGUUUAUCAGGAGAAAUUGCAUAAUAUCUACAUGUUAUGCUCACCGAGUGAAUCGACAAAACCGGCUGCUGAAAAAUUUGGAGAGUAUUUCCCAAUUUCUUACGGCCAGCAUGAGUAUUACGGAGUAAUUUGGGUGAAUAACAGAAAAGUUGAGCCAGCAAACGAUGCUGACGAUCAUCCAAACGAUAUUUUUCAUUUGGAAGUUUUGCCAGAAGGAUGUGCUGAAUCUGUAGCAGUUACGUUGAAUAUAUGUCCAUAUUGGCCAGAUGGGGACAUUGCAACGGACAAAAAGAAAGUGGUUUAUACUGCCGCGAACGCGCUGGGAAAUGCCGAUUCGUACGAAAAUGAGCCCAUCGGCAUAAUUAGUAAAAAAGGCGCUGGGCGAACUGGAACAUUUUUAGCAAUUAUAGCAGUCAUUCAAAUGUUUAAGACUGGAACCCCAUUUUUGAUCAAAGAAAUUGGCCAUAGUAUCCGAACUCAAAGGCCUGGUGGAAUCGAUACUCGAGCACAAUUUAUUUAUAUUUAUGUAAUUGCUCUCAAAUAUGCGCAUAAAAAUGCGAAAGAUAAAGAUUUAAAAUCGAGAAUUGAAGCGUUGCUGAAAGAUUUGGAGAAGGCACUGAAUGAAGAAACCGAAAAGACUGCGGCGACUGAAGAAGGAUCAGCAUUAAUCAGUCAAGAAUGA